AUGGCUCACAGGAUGCCUCCAAGACCAUCACCAACGCACUUCCUAUGCGUACAACUCGUCACUGGAUCAUCUCGGCCCCAGCUCUCCAAAAACCUUGGAGCCUUUAGGGAUGAUGUUACUAGUCCAAACAGCUACGGAAUCCCUGCCGAAGCCAUCCGGCCCGUUGGCACGUUGCAUCUGACUUUGGGCGUCAUGAGCUUCCCCAAGGAUGAAGGAGUAGAAAAGGCAGUCGCGUUGCUCAAAUCGUUGCUUCCAAGGCGGAUUCUAAGCAGCAUCCAGGUCCCAGAAGCUGCGGAAACAGCCGAAACAAAAGAGCCACCGGGUCCGCCGCCACCCCUUUUAUCAGUUACUCUGAAGGGCAUUCACCCCAUGAAAUCUGCCUCCAAGGCAACAGUGCUCUACGCUCCACCAGUCGAUUCCCAGGGUAUCUUGCAGAAGUUCUGCGAGAAGCUCAAGGCAGCAUUUCAGGAGGAAGGUCUGAUGCUGGAGGAGAACCGACCGCUACUGUUGCAUGCGACUAUUAUCAACACCAUUUACGUCAAGGGAGCGCGUCAUGGUAAGGAAAGGGAAAGAGUCACUAUCGAUGCGCGCGGCAUAUUGGACCGGUAUGAUGACUACGUGUGGAUGGAGGAUAUCCCUGUGGAGAAGAUUGCGAUAUGCAGGAUGGGUGCCAGAAAGCUAGACGAUGGCGAUGAGGCGUACGACGUUGAAGCUGAAAUCGAUGUGGCAUGA